ACUCACAUGCUGCAGUCUUUCAGAGGCACAGCGUGGAGGCUGCACAUACACACAUCAACACGUUUAGAGCGACAUGGCAAGACUACCUCACCACUGUGUGAUGAUAUCAGUGUGUUUGGCAGGAGCUCUCCUAGUGCUGCCGCUCUGCUUGGGUGUCGAGGAGGACCAAUAUAAUUUUGACUACGAUACUACUCAAACCCCGGAGUAUGACUACAAUUCAACAUUCGAGUUCUCGUUCUUCAGCAAUGUCAGCAGUGAAGAACUAGAGAAGUAUUUAAUGGAAAACGGAACAGAAACAGAAUCAGAAGCAGAAAAAGAAACCUUUGGAGAUGAAGAAAAGCCUACUGAGGCCACAAUCUGUGAUACGGAUCAGGCAUCUCAGUCAACGCCUCUAUGUUCCCUUCUUACUUUGGUUCUGAUGGUUCAUCCGCUCCUUAGACUACUAUAGCAGACACACUGCACAUUACAGGACCCUCUUACACAAUCUGAACAGAAGUCCAGGAAGAAGAAGAGCAGAUGGACAGAUAACCUGAACGAAAAGACAUGUGGGCAUCCAUUACAGACAGACACACACAUCAUGCUCAUGCACCCACAGAGCUCAAGCAAAAACAAUGUUGGAUCCAUGACAAAUCAUGACAACACACGGCUUGCAAGCUGUAAAUGAAAAGACACAUUGUUCACUAUUCUUUGUCACAGCAAAACAGGCACACGGAUGUCAGAGGUCUCAUAGGCUUGAUCAAUGGAAUGGAAUAUGAAUGUGAAAUAGGGCUAAACUAAAUGACAGGUUCUUUUGUGGGUAUUUUUUCAGGUUGUGACUCGGAGGUGAUUUGAGGAGCCUGAAUAACAAAGAAACUGAGAAAAACAAGAUCUUUCUCUUUUUUAAUGCAGGCUGUCCACUGUUAUGUAAAACAAUGCAAUUUUUAGCAAUAAUCAAAUAUAUUUUAAUACAUUUGUCUCUUUUAUAAGACUUUGUCUAAGCAUAUUUUUUCCGCAGUGCACAUCCUUUGAUUGCCAUGACAAAAAUAAAUGUGUCAAAGAUGUAAUUGAGAAACAAGAAAAUCAAACAUCAGUGUUACAUAAUGUACUAUUUAGCAAAGCUUUACACAAACUAACUUGGAUUCAUGUUAAGUUCAUUCAAGUUGGGAAACUGUAGAAACACUCUGAAGUUUUACAAUUAGACUGAGAUUUUCUAGUAAUUUUAAGCAUCAUGACCUCUUGCAGAUAUUACAUGUAGGCACUUUCCUUCACCGCUGCACUUCUAAGCCUCACUAUUUCUUCAGUAAUCCUCGAUACAAGCACAUUUUUUAAAAUUUGUAAUGGAUUUAUUAUUAUACAUAAAAAAAUUAUGAAUAAGGAUGGUGAUUUACACCAAAAUGCACAUGAAUUUGUGAGCCAGUUGAGCUUGUUUUAUGUGUUGUUACCAAUAAUUAAUAAAUAUUUUUUCAAGUAAUA